UCGGCCAUGGAAACCCAUUCCAUGAAGCUCUUUACGCAUUGUUGUAGUGCUAAUCUGACUUACAGGAAACGUUUGACCUCUUUACGCAUUGUUGUAGUGCUAAUCUGGUCUUUAGCUAUUGAUUCUGCAGACAGUUGGUGACUUCAGCAUGCACUGACCCCGCUCUGUCAUUUUACGUGGCCUACCACUUCGUGGCUGAGUUGCUGUUCCCAGUUGCUUCCACUUUGUUAUAAUACCACUAACAGUUGAGCGUGGAAUAUUUAAUAGCAAGGAAAUGUCACAGAUGGACUUAUUGCACAGGUGGCAAACUAUUAUGGU